GCUGACCGGACCGGCUCGGCGAGACCGACAGGCCGGCUGAGGUUGUCGUUGUCAGUCAGUGAGCGCCAACCCGUCCGCCAGAGCACUACCAGCACCGUCGUAUGUCUCCCACACCGGAGACGUCUUCACCGCAGCUUCCAGAGCAACAAGUAAGCAGAAUGCCAGCGGGUCGCACUAAGCUCCGCCUGGGCACAUACAUGUGUCCCAGCCACCCAGUAGAGUUGUAUGAGCUCUUCAUGAAGUAUCUGGAAGAAGAACUUCCCUGUGAAGCAACUCUCAUGUACGAGUCCAGAGGAGGUGGACCUCUGCCAGAUCGCGAAGACCCCUUCACUGCAGACUCCCUUGACAUAGCUUUUGUGACACCUACUGCCUAUGUCAAGCUCCAAGACUCGAAGAAUCCCCAUGUUGAACUCCUUCCAGUAGCAGCUGUUUUUCAACAUCCACGCAACAAGGCUGGUGAACCUGGUUACUUCUCAGAUAUUAUCAUCCAUGUUGACUACGAGAAACAUGUCAGUAAAUUGUUGGAUCUCAGAGGAUGUAACUGGGCAUACAGUAGUGAACAUUCACUCAGUGGCAGUGCAGCUAUCCUCAAAGCACUCAAGGAACAGGGAGAGAAUGCUGCAUUCUUUGGAAACAUGAUAAGAUCAGGAUCACAUCUGAAAUCUGUGCAAAUGGUUUUGUCCAAGCAAGCUGAAGCAGCUGCAGUUGAUGCAAACACACUCUCAUAUAACAAGAAGUACUUGCAAGAUAAGGGUAAAGACAUCAUUGUGCUAGAGAGCUUUGGACCCUUACCACCAUAUCCAAUUGUUGUCAACAGCCGUCUAAGUGCCACUAUGAAGGAGAAAAUUACUCAAGCUCUCUUGAAGAUGCACAACUGCAGACUGUGGGGUGAGAGACUAAGCAACUUCGGCAUUUCAAAACUGGUCCCUAAUAAUGAAAAUGUGUAUGAAAAGGAACGAGAACUCCGAUCUUCAAUCCAAAACACCAGUGUCAGUGUCACCUAUUACUAAGUCUUAAUUAAGUUAUAUUUAUAUUUCCACUGGAAACUACUGCCUAGUCAUGUCUCAAUACAUUUAUAAGUGA